CAGAGGUACCGCGUGUGGGAGCUCCGUGCAUAUUGCAUGUUUGAAUCUGUGGAAUACAAUCAGGUUUUAGAUCAGUCAAGAGCUGAUUACAGCCGCUAAUGUAUCGAUAAGAGCGGGAAGUCGGGAGUGCGGUCGCGGUUUUGUCAUCUGAGGAUUUCCAGACAAGAAAGCACCCUCGGAUGCAGUUUCAGAGGUCGUUGGUCCUCGUCCUUCUCCACCUCCUCGCCUCCACCUCCUCCUCCACCUCCUCCUCCUCCUCCACCUCCUCCACCUCCACCUCCACCAGCACCAAGUGGGCCUCCGUUCGGCGUCCUGUCGGAAAUGACGUAAUCAGCUGCAACGAAGUGAUAGAGGCUCGGCGUGGCGAGGGUGGCAAGUGGACAGGCUUGAACGGCACUAUUGUCAGCCCCAAUUUCCCACAGCAAUACCCUGAAAGACUUCAGUGCCGCGUCGAUUUCAAAGCACCGCCAUUUUACCGUGUCCGAAUCCUCUUCACCGACUUCCUGCUGCAUCACCCUCUCAAUGUGUCAAAUCGCAACUGCGAUGUGGUAGACUCCCUCAGUCUGUUCGAAGGUACGCAGAAGGGUAGUCGUCUUGCCGUCUUCUGCGGCCCGGGCGUCCCAAGACCUGUCAUGUCUUCUGGGUCUUACUUGAGCCUCAAAUUCCGGAGUUACACCUCGGGCCCGCAUGUCAAGGGCUACAAGGCGUAUUUUGUCUUCGUUAAUGAUUUCGGGCUGGAAACAGGUCGCCAAGUCGCCCCUAAUCGUUGCCUUUUCGAAUUCAAUUCCACGGAGACUUCUUCGGGGGAAUUUUACUCGCCUAACCCUGGAGGUAAAUACCCUCGCAACACAGAGUGCCAGUACGUGUUUGUGGCACUCCCUCACCAGAAGGUCAGACUCAACUUCAAAUUCUUCGACGUGGAAGGCAUUGCGCCAUGGCUCCCGGUCCCCAAGGAGUCGAUUACUAGCCAAAAUCCUACAUAUCAUGAAUCAGUGAAGAGAUACCUAGAGAAGCCUCAGGGAUAG